AUGAUCAAUCGAGUGGUCCCGAGAUUCCUCUGCCUUGUCGCUUUCUUGUCUUUACAGCUCAAUACCAACCAAACAACAAAGAGAAGCAGAGUCCCUAUAAGAACCUUCACCCCACAAUCCACAACCACAGUAACAAAGAAAGAACAGAACCUUACCAGUCGCGACACAAGAGUGGGAGCAAAAAUCCCCCUUUCAAGUGCGAUUAGGGUUUCGACGAACCCAGUCAAAUCGCCCCGUUCCAAGGGUCGAUUCCGAGAUUCCUUCAAAGAAAACAACACAAAGCUUGCUUCGAAGGACUCCGCCAAAGCACGCCGCCGGUUGGUCAACCCAUUGGAUGCAUGGAUGUUUUUAUCGAAGGAGGAAAAACGGGACUGGAGGAAAAAUCGGGACUGGAGGUUUUUCGAAAUUUCGAUGGUGGGGAAGGAAGAGAGGUCGGGUAUGCUGGUGGUCGGAGGCAGAAUGUUGCCUUCGUUGACUUCGCCGCCUUCGUCGACUGAAAUGCCUUCGUCGCCUUCGUCGCUUCGAAACCUUCGUCGCUUCGAAUAUGGGUGGGUGAAAGCAACUGAGGAUAAAACGAUGGAGUAG